AUGAUGAGCGUAUCAAGCUUACAAGAUGAUGAAACAGCUCUUUUGCGGGGACAAUACGAUCAUGUACCUGAUAAUAAAUCAAAAGCAAUUCGUGUGUUUAUAUUAUUAAGUCAUCGAUAUGGUGGACGUUUACUGCCAACAAUUAUCGGGGACACAGUGUUUGAUUCUCUGUAUCAUGUUAUCCAUCAUAAUCAUAUACAAAAUGUUGACGAAAAUGAACGAUUGUUACUAAAUAAAUGGUAUAAACUUGAUGAAAAUCCAUUUAAAUCGGUUUAUAUAUUACAACCAGUAAGAAAUGAGGAUGAACAAUAUGGACAAAAACAAUGGAAAUAUGAUGAGAAAAGAAUAAUUUCGAUGAUGAGAAAAGCGGCUGACAUUUGCUUGAAGAAUGCUACAAUAAAUCAGAAAGAACGAGACGAAUUUUUUAUCUCAGUAACAGCUAAAGAAAUAUAUCAGGCAAUUGAAAACAAUCGGAAUAAAGUUGCAAAUCGUAUUCUCUGCUUUAUCCGUGAAAUUACAGAUAUUGAUCAUCACUUACAUGAACAUGAUGCAUCAAAAUAUGUGGAUAUGUGUGAUGGAGAGAUUGAUAUUGAAGCAGUGGAUUAUUUAAAUGAAUUAAAAACAACCAUAAAAACAGCCUUACCGCCAGAAAAUAUAAAAAUAUGCAUGAUUCGAUGGUCAAAUUUGAAAAGUCGAGAAACUUAUUUGCAACAAUUUAGUGAGGAUUUUUAUUUAAUGGUGAAAAAUCAGAUUGAUAAAUGUGUUAAAACACAGCCACAACUAAUGAAAUUAUUAGAUGAUUCACUUCAAUAUGAAAUACUAGAACAUGCUAUUCAAUGUAAAUCAUUAACGUCACGAUUUUUUGGAAGGUUGGAUAUUUUGGAAAAAAUAGAAGAAUACAUGCGAUUAUCCGAUGAAAAUCGACCAUGUAUUCUCCAUGGACGUUCGGGAUACGGCAAGUCGUCAAUUAUGGCUAAAGUAGCAACUGAGGCUACAAAAUGGUACUUAAAUCCAUCGUCUGUAUCGGUUAUUAUUCGAUUUCUUGGUUCAACACCUGCAUCUUCUGACAUUUGUAAACCUUUGCUAAAUAUUACGCAACAAAUAUCUAAACUAUAUAACAUUGACAAAAAUGAAAACAUAGAAAUAAAAAAUGGUAAUGCUAUUGAAUUGAAAAACCAAUUAGAAACGGUUUUAAAAUUAAUUCCAAAUGAACAAAAUUUAAUUAUAUUACUGGAUUCAAUUGAUCAAUUACAAAAGACAGACUUUGAUUGUCUAUGGCUCCCAUUAAAUUAUCCGAAAAAUGUGAAAUGCAUUAUAUUGACUAUGCCAGAAGAAAGUGGUAUUAAUCUAUUGGGUAUAUUAAAAAAAUUGUUGAUAGAAAAUUAUGAACAUCUCUUUGUAGAAGUAGAUGAAUUUGAUAAAGAGAAUGGAUUAAAUGCAUUUAAAUCAUGGUUAAAUAUUGAUAAACGAAAACUUACAGAUAAUCAAAAAAUAUCUGUUGAAAAAAUAUUUUCAAAAGAAAAUUAUGAUGGUUCACCAUUAUUUUUAUCUCUAAUCUAUGAUCUUGUAUCAAAUUGGCAUUCGUAUGAUACUGAAAUUGAUCAAGAAUUUGAAAAUAUUCAAAAUACAGAAGAAGCAAUUAAAUAUGUAUACAAUCAAUUGUCAAUAAAACAUGGUAAAAUAUUAUUUGAAAAAGCAAUAUCUUACAUUCAAUAG